AUGAUGAAGGGUGUUUCAUCAGGCGCCGCCUCCACACGGGAGACCUAUCUUUAUGCCUGCCUGGUUGACUUCUACACCAAAAGCACCAGAUACAAGAAGCACAAGAAGCGGAAUGGUGCUGUGGUCAUUGCUGACCCCUGCAGGGUCAUUAGGGCACAGGCUCACUACAGUGUUGUUGUUAUUCAGGAGACACUGAAGGAACGGACUCUGAAAAACCAGGACAAGUACGUCAUUAAAGAUCCUCGUAUUCCUGUGUUACUGAGCCGCAUCAAAGAGGUCGCUAAAGUGUUCCUGGCCACCAACAGCGACUUCAAUUACACCGAGGCUAUCAUGAAAUACUUACUGGAUGCGGCAACAGCAUCUAGUCGUGGUGCUCUUACUUUGACCUGGUGGUUGUGGAUAACCAUAUAACCAUUGACUUCCAUAGUUUUUUUUUCUUACUAUGAAAGUAAAUGGUUACAGGUUUCUAACAUUUUUCAAAAUAUCUUCUUUCAUGUUUAACAGAACACAUUAACCU